AUGGGAAUGGUUCGUAUGUUCACCCAAGAAGAUGCUCGACAGAAUACAUCAGUAACCGAAAAGAGAGUGUGGUGUUAUUGUGCGAGAAGACCGUUACCUGGACGUGCUGAUGGUGUAGCACAGAGAAACACAGCUGCUACCCAGGGUGUUCUGGGUGAACAAAUGGCCUCAAAAUUUGAUAGUGGGGUUGCUACAACUAGCCAACCAGGUGGUGGAAGUAAUGGGGUGGCUGAUAUAG